AUGGACGAUGCAGGCCGGAAACACCCAAUCCAAGACUCAUCCAAUAUUACUUCUAUCGCCAGCACCAGCAGCAGCUCCACCACCAGUACCAGCGCCAGCACCAACGGCGGCACCACCACCACUAGUAGCGGCAGGAAGUGCAAAGGCAAGGGAGGACCAGAUAAUAAUAAAUUCAGGUACCGAGGGGUUCGGCAGAGAAGCUGGGGCAAGUGGGUCGCUGAGAUAAGGGAGCCUCGUAAACGCACCCGUAAAUGGCUCGGAACCUUCGCCACCGCCGAGGACGCCGCUCGGGCUUACGACCGAGCAGCUCUUGUCUUGUACGGCUCAAGGGCUCAGCUCAACUUGCAGCCCUCGCCGUCUGCGUCUCAGACCUCGCGAAGCUCUUCUUCAUCCUCUUCCACUACUUUGUUAAGGCCUCUGCUUCCUCGUCCGGCUGGGUUUGGUUUCACUCUCACUCCUUCCACCUCGACGUCCUAUAACGCCGUUAGUUCUUCUCUACUGUGCCCUAACGUCGUCACACAUGCUCCUCAAAUUGUACAACAGAACCAGUACCAGCAUCAACAACAACAACAACAACAACAACAUCAAUAUCAUCCGUCUGAUUUUGAUUCUAAUGCUGGAGCUGGAUCCAUCACCGCCUAUUUAAACCCUAACUUCCAGGGCCGUUUGUACGAUGAUAUUGUAUCUCUGGCAGGCUCCGUCGACUCUAGCUUGUCUCUCUCUUGUCAAACGGCUGUUUCCUCUCAGCCGCCGGAAGUGCAUCCGCUGCCGGUGACCGAUGAAUUGGGUUCUCCGACGCUAUGGCCGUACCCUGAUGAUUACCCUACUACUUGUCUCUGGGACGAUGGAGAUCCUUUCUUAUUCGAUCUCUAA